AUCGAUCCCUAAAAUUUGCUUGUUUUGCUUCCGCUUCCGCUCAUCUCUUCCUCUUCCGUCUUCUCCUUUAGGUGAAGCUCGCCGAGUCUCUUCGGGUGGGUUGGAGUUCAUUGGAAGGCGAAAUUCUUGUAUUUAAGGUUCGGAUUCCAUACACCUAAAUCUCCUCUUUCAUCCAACCUUUCAGUGAUGUGCUUAUAUUUGUUCUCUUUGGCUCCUGGUUAAAAUUUUCUUCUCCAAACAGGAUCUGUUCUUUCUUUUGACCAUGUCUUCAGCCAAAGAUGCUGACCCAACCCUGGGGUACCUAACUCGGAAGGACACUGAGGUAAAGCUGCCUCGUCCUACCAGAGUCAAGAACAAAACCCCAGCUCCUGUACAAAUCACAGCAGAGCAAAUUCUUCGUGAGGCUCGAGAGCGGCAGGAGGCUGAGAUCCGUCCUCCUAAGCAAAAGAUUACUGAUCACACUGAACUUGCUGAGUAUCGUCUACGAAAGCGGAAAGAGUUUGAGGACUUAAUCAGACGGGUUAGAUGGAACACAAGUGUCUGGAUCAAGUAUGCUCAAUGGGAAGAAUCACAAAAGGACUUCAAUCGUGCUCGUUCUGUUUGGGAAAGAGCCCUAGAGGUGGAUUACAAGAACCACACAUUGUGGCUCAAAUAUGCCGAGGUAGAGAUGAAGAACAAGUUCAUAAACCAUGCCAGGAAUGUUUGGGACCGGGCAGUUACUCUUUUGCCAAGAGUUGAUCAACUAUGGUACAAAUAUAUUCACAUGGAGGAGAUGCUUGGCAAUGUGGCAGGUGCAAGACAGGUUUUUGAGAGGUGGAUGAGUUGGAUGCCUGACCAGCAGGGGUGGCUCUCCUACAUCAAGUUUGAGCUCAGAUAUAAUGAAAUUGAGCGGGCUAGAGGAAUAUUUGAACGAUUUGUACAGUGCCACCCAAAGGUUGGUGCUUGGAUACGAUAUGCCAAGUUCGAGAUGAAGAAUGGAGAGGUACCGAAAGCUAGAAAUGUUUAUGAGAGGGCAGUGGAGAAGCUGGCUGAUGAUGAGGAAGCAGAGCAGCUUUUUGUUGCAUUUGCUGAGUUUGAGGAAAGAUGUAAAGAAACAGAGCGUGCAAGGUGUAUCUAUAAAUUUUCCCUUGAUCAUAUUCCUAAAGGAAGGGCUGAAGAUUUAUACAAGAAGUUUGUGGCCUUUGAAAAGCAGUAUGGGGACAGGGAAGGGAUUGAGGAUGCCAUUGUUGGGAAGAGAAGGUUUCAGUAUGAGGAUGAAGUGAGAAAAAAUCCCUUGAACUAUGAUUGCUGGUUUGACUACAUAAGAUUGGAAGAAAGUGUGGGGAAUAAAGAAAGAAUAAGGGAAGUAUACGAGAGAGCUAUAGCCAAUAUUCCUCCAGCUGAGGAGAAGCGGUACUGGCAACGUUAUAUCUAUUUGUGGAUUAAUUAUGCGCUGUACGAAGAGCUUGAUGCUGGAGAUAUGGAGCGAACAAGAGAUGUAUACAGGGAGUGUAUCAAACUCAUUCCUCACCAUAAAUUCUCAUUUGCAAAGAUUUGGCUUCUAGCGGCCCAAUUUGAAAUCCGUCAGCUGAAUCUCACAGCUGCUCGUAAAAUAUUGGGAAGUGCUAUUGGAAUAGCUCCUAAAGAUAAGAUUUUUAAGAAGUAUAUAGAGAUAGAACUGCAGCUUGGCAAUAUUGAUCGGUGUAGGAAGUUGUAUGAGAAGUAUCUGGAGUGGUCACCAGAAAACUGCUAUGCCUGGAGCAAAUAUGCAGAAUUAGAAAGAUCCUUAUGUGAGACUGAUAGGGCUAGAGGAAUCUUUGAGCUGGCGAUUGCUCAACCAGCAUUGGAUAUGCCUGAGCUAUUAUGGAAGGCAUACAUUGACUUUGAGAUUGCUGAGGGUGAAUUUGAGAGAACCAGAGCUCUUUAUGAAAGGCUCCUUGAUCGAACAAAGCAUUUGAAGGUAUGGAUAAGCUAUGCGAAGUUUGAGGCAUCAGCUAUGGAUGAGGAUGGCCAGAUUCAAGACAUGGCAAAUGAUGUCCAAUCCGAGCAAAAGAAGCAAUGCAUUCAGCAUGCUAGAAGAGUGUUUGAGAAAGCUCUCACCUACUUCAGAUCAUCAGCUCCUGAAUUGAAAGAAGAAAGGGCGAUGCUAUUGGAGGAGUGGCUCAAUAUGGAAGUCUCUUUUGGUGAGCUAGGUGAUGUUAGUUUAGUCCAGUCUAAAUUGCCCAAGAAACUCAAGAAGAGAAGGCCAAUAGCAACUGAGGAUGGUCCUGCAGGGUUUGAAGAAUACAUUGACUACAUUUUCCCGGAUGAAGCCCAGACUACGAAUCUCAAAAUAUUGGAAGCUGCCUAUAAAUGGAAGAAGCAGAAAUUGUCUUCUGGCGAUGAAUAAGAGCGUGUUUGCCUUGUGUCGGGACCCGCACAGUAAUGGUGGUUAUUAUUUCAGGAGUGAAUUACAGAAAACAAACUGGGGGGACUAAUUUGAAAAUGAGUUGAAAAUGUGGGGACAGAAUUUUGAUUUUCCAAAAUGUAUGGGAGUAGCCGUUAGUCACAAAUAUGCCAAGUUUUGUUUAUAGUAUUGUAAGAUUAAUAAUAGUGCCGUUUAGUCUUUUUUUCCCCAUAACUCAUCUAUUAUAUUUUAUAUCCUCAACCAAA